AUGUCAAACACAUACGCAACCGAGAAGGAGCUUCCGCCGUUGCCGUUCGAAGUCGAAGAUGUGGCCGGCCUUCCAAGCGACUUCGAAGCUGCACUAGACCGCUGUUUCUUGAUGUCCCGUCAGACCGUACUCGACAAACAUCAGGCCACCGUGACCUGGUCUACCUCUGUCACGACUUCUUCGGAUCGACAUGCUAACGCCGCCCACAGAAAACCAUCCUCAAAUGCGAUGAGCGACAAUACAGCGCCGACGCAACCGCCUCGCUCAAUCAAGGUUAAGCGGUCGUUCAACCUCCUCAGUCGAGGAAGUCUGGCUUCGAAGUCGACACCGGAUCUGAAAGUUGCUGUCAAAGGAUCGUCGGAUAUCAUGCCACCACUUCCUGCUAUCCCAAGGUUGCCGAAACCGAUGCCGAAGGUUCCGAAGGAACAAUCGACUCUCACCCCACUCCUAGGAACGGCGCGCGAGCCACGGGAACGGCCCGAUCAUAAGCGGGCAGCGGAAGCCACCGAGUUUACAGCUCGACCGACUCCUGGGGCGCAAUGGAGGGCGAUGCGAAAUUGGCUCUGGCCAGACUCUUCGACGACGACGCCCUUGGGAAUUUCAGUUCUGGCGACUCCACCUCCACCAACUCCUCCAAAGACUCUUACCUCUGUGAUAAGGUGGCUAGUGUGACAUCCAUGCAAGUCUGCGCCCUACCGACCCUUGCAUCGUGAACGAU